AUGGGAUUUGUCUCCACUGUAAAUGUCGAGCCUACUGUUUGGAUGUAUGAUCCUGGAAUCAGCACAAGUUAUUUAGCUACAGUAAUAAAGGGAGACAGGGGGAAUGGUUUUAUGGAAAAAGGUGCCUUGUUUCGCAGCUGGCCCGAUAAGGACAGUGAGGAAGCCAAAACGACAACUUAUCAGACUAGGCAGCUGAGAUCAAAGAAGUUAAAUACAACCUACCACAGCUGCGCUCGGGAUUUUGAUAUAAAAGGGCAGGUUGUUUUGAACUUGAACCUGAAAAUUUGUGUUAAACAUCAGAAACUAUAUAAAUGGGUUGUUAUGGUGUCAGCGUUGAAAGGACGAACUAUAACAGGGAUAGUCAUUGUGUUGCAACUGAAGUUUGGUUGGUUUAAUGAAAGUUCCUUGCACUUUGGGAAUUUAUCCUCGUCAAAAGGGUUGCUGUUAAUCAAAGUAAGGUUUCCUCAUGUUGGUUUUCUUGAGCUUAAGGUUGCAGAAUGUCACGGGUUGCAAGAAGAGAAAUCAGGUUUCAAACAUUAUACUGAUGAUAAUUCCGGAAACCAUUUUUGUGUCAAGAAUGAUGAAGUGGAGAGUGAAGAUAAUCAAGCUCAACAAGCAUUAACAAUCAAGUCAGCCAUUUAUAUUUACUUCUAA